GCAAACUCCGUAAAAUAUUAUUUUGUUUUUGUUUUUUCGAAAAAAAUGUAAAUAACCUAAAAAUGUUGCAACAGCAGACACAAAACACACAGCCUCCAAGUACACCUAGCUUCCAGAUACCGGCUUACGUUUUGGAUGAUCUCUGCAGCCGGUUCAUUAUAAACAUACCUGAGGAAGAAAGGCAAGAUUUAAUCAGGAUUUUCUUCCAGAUAGAACUUGCACAUUGGUUUUAUCUAGAUUUUUAUUGUGCUGAGCAGCCUGAGUUAAAAACAUGUGGCAUCAAAGACUUUUCUGCACAAAUAUUUCAUCAUUGUCCAUCUCUAAGUGGUCAUGCACAAGAAGUGGACAAGAUUCUUGGCAACUGGAAGUCAUACAAGAUGAGUGUUCCCACAUACGGAGCAAUUAUGCUAGAUCCAGAAAUGAAAUAUUGCUUAUUGGUGCAAGGAUUCUGGGCAAAAGCCAGUUGGGGUUUUCCGAAAGGGAAAGUAAAUGCCGGUGAGCCGCCACAUGAAUGUGCCAUAAGAGAGGUAUUUGAGGAGACAGGAUUUGAAGUUAGCCGGCUGAUAAAUCAAGAGGAGUUCCUGGAGAAUCGUAUGAAUGAUCAGUUAACUAGGCUGUAUAUCAUAGAAAAUGUGCCACUAGAUACCAAGUUUCAGCCGAAAACUAGAAAAGAAAUCAAGAGCUUGCAGUGGUUCCCAAUUGAUGCUUUACCUGCUCACAAGAGAGAUCAGUCAUCAAAAACACAGCUAGGGCUCAAUCCAAAUACUUUCUUCAUGGUCAUUCCAUUUAUUAAGUCUUUAAGAAAGUGGGUAGGUAACAGACAAAACCUCUCGGAAGCCUCUCAAACAGCAACUAUAAGACCGUCUUCACGACCCAGAAGUGCAACAGGAGGAAAAUCUACAAAAGACACUGACAAUAUUAGCAAUAGUAACAGACAGUAUAAAGAGAAACAAAAAUUACGUCAGCAGCAGUAUUUCUCACAAAUGAACCAAAGUGAAUACCAGGAACUUUUACACUUAAAAGAUUCAAAAACUCGUGCACGUGAAGCACGAGACAGGAAACAGCAGCGGCAUGAACAAAGUACUACUCAAGGAUAUGCAUCGCCAAAUUAUAAAUCUGACAAAAAUCAACAGUUUCAUAUUUUAAAUCGGGAUGGAACUGUUGGAGGGAAACCAAGAAGAAGUUUAGCCACACAAUUUGACAACCAAGGUAACUAUGGGAACCAGUAUCAACCAGGAAAAUAUGGAAACAAGUCAGAUAGAAGGCAAAGGACAAAUGAUCAGAACACUAGUAUAGAAAACUUUGUGCCACCAUCAUGGAGAAACUUUAGACUAGAUGUUGACUCAGUCCUUGCCUGUAUUGGAUAAUAUUUAGAAAGUUUGAUUUGUUUGUUGGGCAAUAGAAUAGUUAACUUUGGUUAUAUUAGAAUUAAUUCUGAACCUGACCCGCACAUUUAGAUACAAAGGAACAUACUAAA